GGUUCGCGCGUUUUGAGUGAAAGUUGGCGCCACGAGCUUUAGCACAACAAAACGUCUGGCUGCUGCGCGAGACUCCGUGAAUUAUCAAUAAACAGGAUUUCUUUGUGAACCAGCAGUAUUUUUGAGAAGUCAUGACUGUUAAAUUGUCAGAGGGCGCAAUCGAGGCCCUGAUCAAAGGUAAUGAAGUGACAAACCCGAUUCUUCAGUUGAUUAAUAUUCGGAAACUCGAUUCAGGCAAUGGACCGGUUCGCUUUCGCCUCAUGAUGAGCGAUGGCCUUCACACCAUGUCGUCCUUCAUGCUCGCCACACCGCUGAACUCCCUGGCUGAACAAAACCUUGUCGCUCCCAACUGCGUGUGCCUUCUGAAGAAAAGUGUCACCAACGUUCUAAAGGAUGGACGCACUGUGGUUAUUAUCCUGGACCUGGAGGUGAUUAAACCUGCAGAUCAGAUGGCUGGAAAAAUAGGAGACCCAACCCCUUAUGUUGAGGGUCAAUCCAAGGCUCCACAGACCGUUCCUGCUCUUACUCCUGCUCCUGCUCCUUCUUCUACUUCUGCACGUCCACUGCAGCCACAAAAUGGAGGCUCCAUGAAUAGAGGCUCCAGUCGUGAUUUUGGAAAGAAGCCUAUGACAGCUCCCAGCACACCAGGAGGCACUUCAAAAGUAGUGCCUAUUGCCAGCCUUAAUCCCUACCAGUCAAAAUGGACCAUUAGAGCACGAGUGACCAACAAGAGCGCCAUUCGUACCUGGAGCAACUCUCGAGGGGACGGAAAGCUCUUCUCCAUGGAGAUUGUUGACGAAAGUGGAGAAAUUAGAGUGACUGGUUUUAAUCAGGAGGUGGACAAAUUCUUCUCCCUGAUCGAGCAGGGGAAGGUGUACUACAUCUCUAAGGGCACUCUGAAGAUCGCCAACAAACAGUUCACAUCCCUUAAGAACGACUAUGAAAUGACUCUGAAUGGCGAGUCGACCAUCAUCCCCUGUGACGACAGCUCUGAUGUUCCCAUGGUGCAGUGCGACUUUGUCUCCAUUGCUGAUUUGGAUGCUAGGGAUAAGGACGCCAUUGUGGAUGUGAUCGGCGUGUGUAAGAAUGUAGAGGAAGUGACGCGGAUUACAACCAAGAACAGUCGCGAGGUUUCCAAGAGGAACAUUCAGCUGAUGGAUAUGUCUGGCAAAAUUAUCCAAGUCACCAUGUGGGGAAAUGAGGCAGAGACAUUUGAUGGCACCGGGCAGCCUAUCUUGGCAAUAAAGGGUGCCAGACUCUCCGAUUUUGGAGGGCGCUCUCUCUCCACACUCUAUAGCAGCACACUGAUGAUUAACCCUGACAUUCCUGAGGCAUACAAACUGCGAGGCUGGUAUGAUAAAGAGGGUCAUGCCCUAGAUGGUCAGUCUAUGACAGAAAUGAGAGGAGGAGGCACCGGUGGCCCCACUAACUGGAAGACUUUGGCAGAUGUCAAAAACGAGCACCUGGGUCAUGGAGACAAGGCUGAUUACUUUACCUGUAUUGGCACCAUCGUGUACAUGAGGAAGGAGAACUGUCUGUAUCAGGCCUGUCCCAGCAAGGACUGCAACAAGAAGGUGGUGGACCAGCAGAAUGGAAUGUACCGCUGUGAGAAGUGUGACAAAGAGUUUCCCGACUUCAAAUAUCGUCUCAUGCUCUCUGCGAAUAUUGCAGAUUUUGGAGAUAACCAGUGGGUCACAUGCUUUCAAGACACUGCCGAGACUAUCCUGGGACAGAAAUCGGAUUACAUUGGCCAGCUCAAGGACUCUAAUGAGGCAGCUUUUGAUGAGGUCUUCCAGCAUGCCAAUUUCAGCACUUUUGUCUUCCGCAACCGAGUGAAAUUGGAGACCUACAAUGAUGAAUCUCGCAUUAAAGUAACGGUGGUGGAGGCCAAGCCUGUGGAUCACAAGGAAUACAGCAAGAGGCUGAUCAUGAACAUCAGGAAACAUGCAGCACAUUAGCAAUACUGUUACUCCUCUCCAAGCACUUCAGUCUUUGACCUGCCGCAAACGUGUCUCUUUUGUCUUUUCUUUAUUUGGUUAUUUUUGUUUUAUGCUAUUAAUGUCUGGUCAUUCAUGUGUGGUCUGCUACACAACAGCUUUUUUUAUAUAUUAAACAGAUGCUUAUGUUGGACCGAGGAGUGCUACAGGCUAAGCGUGGAUUUGUUUGUGCAGUUUUCCCUACAUGAUAACAAUUAGCUGUAGGUGGUUUAAUAGAUACUGCUGACCUUUAAGUGAACGAAUUAUUCAGAGAAGUAAAGGGAAUUGUAAAAACAUGGGGUGGCAGCAUUACCGGUCAGUGUGUAUGCUUGCAAGGUUGUGUAUGUAUUUAAGCAAGCAGAAGCAAAUCUACUGCCCUUUCCUAACGUGUCAGUUCAGCAGCCUGGUCAGUAGGUCUCCUGUCUCUGGGCUCGCCAUGCUUAAACUUGCACAGUUUAAGGUCAGAUUUACUGAAGCUCUGUGUACAUGUAGAUAUUUUUCACUCUUGUUUUCUGGAGAACUAACACAAGAAAUAAAGAUAUUGGGUAUCCUGG